CUUCAUCCGUCCUUGAGUAAGAUAUUGCUCGAUCAAUACCCUUCCUUCAGUCAGACAAUCGUCCUGCGACGCAACUUCAUCAUUACCAGACACUGGGCGACAACAAUGAAGGCCCACGCCCUCCUGGUGCUGGCUCUGGCGCCGAUGCCGUUGCUUGCUGAGCUCAAUGCCUACGAGAUCCUCAUGUUCUACGACAUGUACCGGUCUGACUACGAACAGAACGGAGCAAAUUGCAAAAUUGCAAAGGGCUGCAAGGACUGCGACUUUGAACAGUUUAUUCUCCAUCUCGACCGUCUCAACAUCGUUGACUCCGUCUCCGGCCAUUUCAGCGACUUGAAGAACCCGACCAUGGACGAGAUCGGGGGCUGGGAGACAGGGGAGGAAUAUGUUUACGAUGCCAAAAGGCUCCUCGGCGGCCUCUGGCGCAGCGAGGACACCGAGUCGAGGCCCGGUCAUCCCACCGUCAUCGAGCGCCUCGUCGACCGCAUGUCUGAAGUGCGCAAGGACGGCGAGCCCAGCCGCCUGGCGCAGAUCACCGAGGCCAUGGAGGUUGCGCACCUCAGUCGGCGCAGCUCCCAAGCCAACGACCUACUCAGUUUCGUCGACGGCCGGCUUACCAGCGCGCGGCUGGGCAAGGCCAAGACGCACUCCAUACCUUUUUUCCAGGGGGGUGAGUUUGAAGAGUUUGACUCUGUGGCCACCAUCGAGUCAGUGCAGAGGACCAAGAGAACGGCGAUGCUCAAGGAGAUUGUGGCCAUUGCCAAGGACAUAAACAGCGGUGAUGUGAGCUCGUCUUCUUUGAAGAAGAGGGGCCUGGACUGGGAAAGAGAGAACCAGCUCGUUAAGCGGGCCUUUGGCGAAGGCAUGACCGUCAUGUCGCUGCAGAGGGGUCUGGACACGAUGAGAAUGCCGGUCAGGCGUAAAUGCUAG